GCAUCAAUACACAAUGGCUCCUCAGCAGAAGUCUGGUCUUGCCGUCGGCCUCAACAAGGGUCACAUCGUCACCCGCCGUGAAUUGAAGAUCACCCCCUCCUACACCAAGGGUGCCGCUUCCAAGCGUACUACCUUUGUCCGCAGCAUCGUCCGUGAGGUUGUCGGUUUCGCCCCCUACGAGCGUCGUGUCAUGGAAUUGAUCAAGAACUCCAAGGACAAGCGCGCCAAGAAGCUCACCAAGAAGAGACUCGGUACCUUCCUCCGUGCCAAGAAGAAGAUUGAGGAGCUCUCUGCUGUCAUUGCCGAGUCCCGUCGUCAUUAAAUUCUUUUUUAUUCAAUGAUGAAAACGGCAUUGGAGAAACUAUCAAACAAAAAGACAAUUUGCCUGCAUUCACUUUUACUGUAGCAUUUUGUUCUUGGUUUCACCGACACAGCAUCGUAUAACUUUCUUAAUCAUUAAAAAUUCAAGAAAGAUUUUGCGCCUUUAUU